AUGAGUAUCACUAAUGCGCGCAAAAGUGAUUCCACAUCCCCGGGCUAUGAGAGGAACGGUAAUGAAGAUGAAAAAAACAUCCAAAUUCUGAACUUCGAAACUGAAAAUAAAGAGAAAAAAACAUUAGUUCUACGUAACGGCGAUAUAAUUAGAAUGUGUGUCCAUCUUCAGGAGAAAUUAGAGAGAAUUAGAGAAAAUAAACGCGAUAUAUGGUCUCCGUCUCCUAUAUAUCAACUUUCUGGUGAAGAAUUAAUACGACUAUUAUCUGAUAAAGAAAUACGGUUCACCGGUACGCAAUCAUUAUUUAAAGAUAACCAAUUGGCGUCUGAUGUUAUAGGUAAAACAAGGGUCCAUGCCAUUAAGAUAUCAUCAAAUUGUAUGAAUUCAGAAGUUUUUCUGAAAAGGUCUCUGGAAGAUUCUAAACCUGAAAUUAAUCAUGCACUAAUAAUGAAAGUUUUACAACAUUCAGACAAACCAGAUGAAAAAAUGGUGUGUGUGCCACCGGCACUAGUGUGUCGCCCUCAACCGAGGAGACAUCCAGCAAAGCAGAUGAUAAUGCCAGAAGUCAAUCACUUCAUUCCAGAUACUGGACACUCUUCUCAUGAAACUCAUAAUCCAGAAACAUUUCAGAUAAACCAAAAUAAUGCGUCUUCAUCAAAUCAGCAACAAAAUUCCUUUAGACAUGGAUUUUCAAUUAAUAGUUCCAAUAAUGUUAAUAGCCAAUCGCAAACAAUGAAAAUUCAUGAUCGGCCAAUCGAUUCCACAAAUAUAGACAGUGCCCAUGUACAGCAAACUAUGACUCCAGAAGCGCAUGAACAAAAGUAUGUGAUCCCAAAUAAUAGAGAAAAUAUAAAUGAUCAUCAAUACAAAGCAAAAUCAUUACAAGAAAAUGAAAUUGAUGUAAAAAAUCCUUGUAUACAAAAUAACACAUUUGUGCCAUAUCAACUAAUAGUUAAUCGAAUUUCACAACCACAAACAACUAAUUUAGACAAAAAAGAAUUUUUGCAAUUAUGUGCAGACUAUAAUCUUCAGGAUAUAGGAUAUAGUGGAAAUCCUCAUUCACAAAAUUUCAUUGAAGAAGACAUUAAGGAUUUAAUUAAUAGCGGUAAUUUCAUGGAAGAUGACAUUAAAGAUUCUGCUAAUAUUGGUAAUACUGCUGAUGUAGUAAACCAAAAAGGAGAAAAAAGCUCAGGAGAAACAAAACCAGGAGAAUCAAGCCAAAGAAAAUCGAGCACAGGAGGAUCGAGCCCAGAAGGAUCGAGCCCACAAGGAUCGAUUCCAGAAGGAUCGAGCCCAAAAGGAUCGAGCCCAAAAGGAUCGAACCCAGAAGGAUCGAACCCAGAAGGAUCGAACCCAGAAGGAUCGAACUCAGAAGGAUCGAUGCCUGGAAAAUCGAUUUCAGGAGAAUUGAGUCGAAGAAAAUCGAGUCCUGAGAAAUUGAGACCUGAAAAAUCGAGUCCUGAGAAAUUGAGUCCUGAAAAUUCAAGUUCUGAGAAAUUGAGUCCUGAAACAUUGAGUCCUAGGAAAUCAAGCCUUGAAAAAUCGAGUCCUGAGAAAUCGAAUCCUGAGAAAUCGAAUCCUGAGAAAUCAAAUCCUGAGAAAUCGAGUCCUGAGAAAUCGAGUCUUAGGAAAUCGAGUCCUGGGGAAUCCAAUCCUGAGAAAUCGAGUCCUGAGAAAUCGAGUCCUGGAAAAUCCAAUCCUGAGAAAUCGAGUCCUGAAAAAUCGAGUUCUGGGGAAUCGAGUCCUGAGAAAUCGAGUCCUGGAAAAUCAGGUCCUGGGGAAUCGAGUCCUGGGGAAUCGAGUCUUGAGAAAUCGAGUCCUGGUGAAUCGAGUCCUGGGGAAUCGAGUCCUGGUGAAUGGAGUCCUGGAAAAUCAAGACCUGAAAAAUCAAGUCCUGGGGAAUCUAGUCCUGGGAAAUCGAGUCCUGGAAAAUCGAGUCUAGGAGAAAUUGAAAGAAUCCAACUUGAACAAGAUAAAAGUAGCAUAAAUAGCAAAUCCAAUAAUGUCAAUCAAACGAGUUCAACUCAAACAACAUCUAGUGAACCGGCAGAUCUAAGUGACUUUUUACCAGAAUUGAAAUCUGAUGAAAAGCAUCGUGUGAAAGAAUUAAUUUUAGAUGAAAAUGUGUUUAAGAUACAAGCUAAUGGGAUUUUUUUUUCUAAUUCUGAUAAAAGCAAUCGACAUAAUAAAUACGAAACUGUAAAUGGAAGUGGGUCUGAAGCAAAAUUUGUAUCGCAAUCUGAAGAAGAAUAUGAAUGUGGUGAUAGAGGAAAUCUAGCAUUUACCUUAAUAAACAACAAAGCUACAUAUUUUGAUUUAAAUAAAUAUACUUGGCGUUUAAAAAACAGUGAACAAAAUUUGAAUCAACAACAUGCACAAAUCGAAGAAAUAAAUCAUGUAACGCAACUAUCAGACGACAAUGCGUUACACACAAAGCCCGAGACUAUGUCAAACAAUGAUUUAAAAAAGAAGAAGCUCUAUAAACAAAUACGCCAAAAUACAAACAAGGCUGAAAAUAUCUCAGAUGAAAAUAAUAAAGGUAAUUCUGAAAGUGAGAAAUCAGAGGACGAUGCACACGUUCAACAACAUUCCACUGCAGAUUCAGAUGAUAAAUAUAUCAAUAUGAAUUUUGAUAAGGUUGUGGAUGAAAACAAACAAAAUAAAAGUUGUUCAGAACAACCAAACCAAAAAUCAGAAGAAAGAGAAAAAGAUGAAGCAAGAUUAUCUAAAUGUACACAAGGAAACAAAAGAGAAUAUGCUAAAAUCAGAAACGUUGCAAAAGAUGUUUAUAAAUUUGGCGAUGAUAAAAAAAAUGUAAUAAAUCGUAAUGAUAAUGAGGAUGAAGGCGGUGGCAGAACACUCAGCGAACCCGAAAGUAAAAAACUUCGAUACAAUAUGUACGACAACAAAGUAAAUAUGGAACGUAUAAUGCAAGUUCGUGCUGAUUCUGAUGAACAUCAAAAUAUUACCAAUAGUAAUACUGACAAAGCCAUGAAAAAUAAAAAUAAGCAAACUGAUGCAGACGCUGAUAAUAAAGAUACUGAUGAUGAGCAAUUAGAACGCAGAUCUAAUGACGAUGUCGUUUCUAAUAACGAUGAAGAUAAUAAUUCUGAUUAUAUAGAAUCCGAUAACGAACAUAAUAAGAAAAAAAUAUUAUCUGUAGCUUUUUGUAAGACAAAAACCCAAGUACGGCAAAUAAACAAUUGCCAAACAAAUCAAGUUAAUAACUCUGAAAGAAAAAAAUACGAUAAUAGCAAUCCAAAUUCGGAUGCAGAAAGUGUCUAUUCCAAUACUAAAGAUAUUAUUCGUAGUAAUGGUGAACAUUCUAGAACAGUCAUAUCUAGCGCCGAAAGAAAUUUGUCACAUAUUGUUAAUUCCAGUUCAGGGGCGCAAACAAGCGGCCGCAGCUGGAAGCGGUCAGAAUCUCCAAUUUAUAUAAACGAAGAUGCCAUAGAAACAAGUGAACAUAUUGAUGAAAUGGCAGAAAGCGAUAAAAUUUCCAGAUCUGUUGAAAAUUUAAACCGAAAAGCAGAGCAAAUGAUGAUGAAGGCAGAAAAAAUGAUUACUGAUGCUCAUGAAGACAAAAGAUAG